AUGUGGCCAAACUUGUUGAUGUACCUGCUAUUCCUGGCUCUUCCACACAAAUCUGCAGCCUAUCAAGUCCUUCAUCUGGCAGAUUUCCAUCUAGAUAUCGAGUACUCUAUCAAUGGAGACAAUCAGAAAAUGUGUCAUGAUGAUGGGCAAAAGAGGAAUAAGACUCUCGGACCAUUUGGGGAUUAUAUGUGUGAUGCACCAAAGCCACUUAUUCAACAUGCUAUCGAUGAGUCAGCUCGUCUAUUCCCAAACCCGGAUCUCAUCAUUUGGACAGGAGACAACGUGGCACAUAUUGAUGGAUACGGAUGGGAAGUUGUGCUCGACGCGGUCAAUCAAACCACCUCGCUCCUUUUCUCCAGAUUCCCAAAUCAAACUAUUCUCCCAACAUUUGGAAACCAUGACUAUGCUCCCUCGAACGGCUUCGAGUCGGAUUCAAGUCUCUACACAAAAACUUGGGAAUUGUGGAAAGGAAAAUUGGGAGAUGAGAAUAAGGCCACAUUCUUGCAAGGCGGCUACUAUAAGUAUCGUCUUCCGAAUGCCACCGCAGUGGUUCUCAACACAAAUUUAUACUACAGUGCUAAUAAAGCUUAUGUGAAUUUCACGAAUAAGGCGGAUCCAGCAGAUCAAUUCGCAUUUUUGGAGACAGAGUUGGCGAAAGCUGAGAAAUGUCCGAAUAGAAUUUCUGAUAAUUGUACUUCACUGGUUCAUAUCAUUGCACAUAUUGCGCCAGGAGUAUUCGAAAAAUCGCCUAACAUCACUUGGUUCCGCGACGAAUACAACGAACGAUUCCUCAAUUUGACUAUCCGUUACGCCAACUCUAUCGGCUGGAUGAUCUUCGGACAUCACCACACCGACACUUUCCAUUUGAUCAAAGAUCCUCUCGAGAAUGUGGUUCAAUUGGCUUAUAUGUCUCCUGCAGUCACUCCAUGGUUCUCGGAUCUUCCAGGAGCUGGAGCAAAUAAUCCGACUUUCAGAGUCUAUGAGACGGAUGUGUAUAGUAAGAUUGAGGAUAUUAAAACCUACUACAUAAAUCUCGACGAGCUCAAUAAGAACGCAUCAACGCCAUUCGUCUUUGAGUACUCCUUCAAAGACGUUUAUGGAAUCACUGGAGAUAUCACACCAAGUACCAUGUCAGAUGUUCUUGAGAAAAUGAAAACUGACGACAAACUGUUUAUGAAAUAUAUCGAUUAUAAUACUGCAUACUGGAAUCCAGUGAUGCCGGUGCAAGAAUAUAGAGGCGCCCAACUGUGCUCCAUGGAAUACGCCGACUAUCCACGCUACUACAGCUGUCUCUCAAAGUACACAAAGUCCUCGGAUAGUUCUUUGAAACUACCAAUUUUCUCACUUCUCGCAAUUCUUUAUACUGAAUUUUUGUUGUAA